AUGGGAAAAGCUCGCCCUGGACCACCCGAUGACUCGAACGUGGGGAAAAGACGCCGUCAGCAAUCCGCUGAAAACUCCGAGGGGGACGAAGAUACGCUGCUUAAGCAAAACCCGUUCGCUUCACUGGUAACAAACCCACAGGAUCAAUCGAAUUGUUCAACAGUCAACCUAUCGGAUGGUUCCGGUAGGAAAAAACAGCCGCCACUAGUAGUGAAAAAUGUGAAUUUCUCAACUCUAUCUACUGGAAUCGCCGAGUGUGGAGUAAAUCCAGUAUACAAACUCACGCGGUUUGGAAUAAAAGUGCUUUGUAAUUCAUCGCAAGAAUUCAACCAGGUGCAAGAUCACCUAAAAAUGUGCAGUUACGAGUAUUAUACACAUGACAAACCAGGAGAAAGACCCUACCGGGUCAUCAUUCGCGGUCUACCAUUAGCAGAACCAGGAAUUUUGCAGUCACAGCUUGAAAGUGAAUAUGGGCUCGAGGCUCAAGCUGUCCAUGUUAUAAGGAGAAAAGAGGAAUCCGAACCCUUUUACCUAGUGCACUUCCUGAAGGGGUCUACCACAUUGAAGAAAUUGCGUGAAAUAAAACACAUUGGAAGCAUAAUUGUUCAAUGGCAAGCUUAUCGCAACAAUCGUGCAGACGUAACCCAAUGCUUGAACUGCUUGCAUCACGGCCACGGCACACGGAACUGCCAUUUGAAAAGCAGAUGUAAUCACUGCGGCGACGCACACACUUCAGAUCAGUGUCCGAAGAAAUCAGAGUCAACCAAACACUGUGCCAACUGUGACGGUGCCCAUUCAGCUACAGACCCAAGCGUGCAGAAUACAUACGGAUUAGACAGCAAGCGACAAAAUCAAAUCAACCGGGGCGGAAGUCCCCCAAUAAAAGGCCAGCAGCACCAGCUCUAG